GAUGACAUGUGCGGCUUUCAUUGUUGGGUUUGUUGACAUUUUGCGUGGGCGUAAUUGUUUAUGAUGUCAGUGGAGCGUAAACUAAUUGUGGUUACCGGAUUUGGACCGUUUCUGGGCCACGAAGAAGUCAAUGCCAGCUGGGAAGCUGUUAAAAUACUGCCCGAUGAGAUCAUCGACCAGGAGACAAAAACCAUAUUUAAAAUACAGAAGCAAAUGGUGGCCGUAGAGUAUGCGGCCGUAGAUGAGACAGUUACAGAGAUUUGGAAGCGACAGCCAGAGCUUGUUGUACAUGUUGGCGUUUCGGGCAUUGCCAAAUGCGUUUAUGUAGAAAAAUUGGCCUACAAUCAUCAAUUUCGACGUCCUGACAACACGGGGCAGUAUUUGAGCGGCAGCACUUGCUGCUUGGCAGUAAACGCCAAAGCCAAUGUAUUGCGCUGUGGUCUAAAUGUAGAUAAGAUUGUGGAGGCUGUAAAUGCAACAUGUGACGAGUGCGUGGCACCAAGCCGAGAUAAUAACGAUAAGGCAUUAACGGCUACAAAGGCAUCAAAGAAUGUGGGGGGAUUUCUUUGUGGGUACAUUUACCUCAAGUCCUUGGAUAUGGAUAAAAAGCGCAGUCUGUUUGUGCACGUUCCGCCCAUUGACAAGCCCUUCAAUACUGCGCAGACUUCAAGUAUUGUUUAUAACAUAAUAGCAGAAUGUAUGAGACAGCUCAAUUGUGAUUGUGAAAAGGACUAGAAAAGAUCCAGAUCUAUGUCGCAUUUUGUAUUGAACUACAACUUAUUAUUUUGUUACGCAUAUUUGUUGUUUUAAUA